CAACCAAAUCUAACAAUCUCAUCAUAUUUCAUAUUUACCAAUAAAUCUCCUUUUCUUCUAGAUUGCACAUCUUUCAUGAAGAAAGCGCUAAUAUUUUCUAUUAUAUAUAGAUGUUUAACCAUGAACUGUUACCUUCACAAAACCUCCAUUGGUAUCAAUAACAACAAAGUAUAACAAUGGCGGAUUUAAUCAAGGUUACAAGACUAGCUAGACAAUACAUUAAACCUUUCAUGGCUACCCCUUCUUACCUCCGUAACUACAAAUUUUCCCUCCUAGACCAACUUUCUCCUUCUGUAUACGCUCCCAUGGUGUUCUUCUACCCUACACAAGACCUCCAUAACCAAAAACCCGAGCCAAAUAAUCGAGUAAAUCACCUAAAACAAUCCCUUUCUCCAUUUUUGAAUCGAUUCUACCCAUUCGCAGGUAGAAUCAAAGAUCAUGUUUCGAUUGACUGUAAUGAUGCAGGAGUUGAGUUUUUGGAAGCUAAGGUUAAUACCCAUUUGGAGGAUUUCUUAAAACAACCUAAUGCCAAUGCACUAAAGCAUUUCCUUCCUGUUGAUAUUGAGUCUAGGAGUAAAAUGGGGAUGGAUAAUCUUGUUCAUAUUCAAAGUAAUGUGUUUGAAUGUGGAGGACUGGCUCUUGGAAUUUGUUGGUCACAUAAGAUCACUGAUGGUGGGACAGUUUCAGCUUUUAUGAGGGGAUGGUCAUCCAUUGCUUCUGGGUCUGGUAAAGAGGUUGUGCCUGAGUAUGUAGCUUCUUCAUUGAUCCCACCAAUGGACUUAGAAAGUACACAACAUGAACUUAAGUUAGAUAGGGAUAGGACAAUUACAAGAAGGUUUGUGUUUGAUGGAUCAAAGAUUGUGAAGCUUAAGGCUAGAGUUAUGAGUAAGGAUGUGCCUAAGCCUACUCGAGUUGAGGCUGUUUCAUCUCUACUGUGGAAAUGUGCAACUAGGGCAUCAAGAGCAAACUCAAGUUCUAGAGCACUAUCAGCAAUGUCUCAAUCCAUGAACAUUCGUAGAAGGACAAUGCCACCACUACCAGACACUAGCAUUGGCAAUCUAGUCGGCUACUAUGUAGCAAAAAUGGAAGAUAAUGGUGAUAACAUAGUACAGCUGAAAGAUUUGGUAGCAAAGCAAAGACAGGGAAAAUCAGAAGCCAUUAACAACUAUGCAAAGAAGCUACAAGGCAAAGAUGCAUACACAGUAAUACGCGAGCUAUUCAAUGAAGCAGGGAGCUUGCUAAGGAGGGAUGAUGUUGAUUUCUUUAAGUGUCUUAGUACAUGUGGGGAUGGAUUGUAUGAUGCUGAUUUUGGGUGGGGAAAGCCAAUAUGGUUAAGUUUGGUUAGUUUAGGGUACAAAAACACUUUUGCUUUGAGUGAGACUAAUGAAGGUGGUGGGAUUGAAGCUUGGGUUACCUUAAAGGAAGAUGAUAUGGCUAUGUUUGAGCAAGAUUUAGAGCUUCUUGCAUUUGCUGAAUCAAACCCAAGUGUUCUAAAAAAGGAUGAAGAUGUAUCUAGGUUUUUGGAACAAGAAGAAACUAGAUUAAUGAUUGAUGAUUCAAGCUAUAAGUCUCCAUUGUUAACAUGGUGAUGUAAAGCAAUAAUGCCAUAUUGUAUUAAUGUGUAGCACUUUAUUAAUAUUAGGUGCUUUGUUGAUUAUAAUUGUGAAAAAUUGAUCAAAAUCAAGGAAUAUAUUCCAUAUAAGAUCAAAGUGAUUAAUUUCUAUCUCCAUUAUU